CGGCCGCGGAGGAGGCGGCGGUACCUUGGACAGAGCCGCCGCGACGCGCGGAGCCCGCCCGGCAGCCGCUGCGGAGCGCCCCGACGAGCAGAACUGAGGCGUGAGGCUCCAUAAGUGCCCCCAAGUGGCAUCAAUUUCUGUACUCAACAAUAGUUAUCAAAAGAAAUGCAGGAAUGCCUGUCCUAGAAAAAAACAUGCAGAAGAAAGAGAAAGAUACAUGCAGCAAAGAUGAGACAGCAGUGCCAAAACUUCCAGUCCCACCACUGCAACAGACCUUACACAUGUACCUACAGUGCAUGAAACACUUGGUGCCAGAGGAACAAUUUAGAAAGACCAAGGCCAUCGUGGAACAGUUUGGAAUUGCAGGAGGCCUGGGGGAAUCCUUGCAGCAAAUCCUCGAGGAAAGAAGGGAAAAGACAACAAACUGGGUGUUUAACUACUGGCUGGAUGAUAUGUACCUCAACAACCGGCUAGCUCUUCCAGUCAAUUCCAGCCCAGCAAUUAUCUUUGCGCGUCAGCAUUUCAAGGACAUAAAUGACCAGCUGAGGUUUGCUGCCAAUCUCAUUUCAGGAGUGCAAGACUAUAAAGCUUUACUUGACACCCAUGCUUUACCUGUUGAUUUUGCUCGUGGACAGCUGUCUGGUCAUCCUCUCUGUAUGAAGCAAUACUAUGGACUCUUUUCUUCCUAUCGUCUUCCAGGACAUACCAAAGAUACCCUCGUGGCCCAGAAAAGCAGUGUAAUGCCAGAACCAGAGCACAUCAUUGUUGCUUGUAACAAUCAGUUUUUUGUUUUGGAUGUUGUCAUUAAUUUCCGUCGUCUCAGUGAGGGAGAUCUUUUCACUCAGUUACGAAAGAUAGCCAAAAUGGCAGAGAAUGAAGAGGAAAUGCUGCCUCCAAUUGGCCUGCUGACAACAGACGGAAGAACAGAGUGGGCAGAGGCCAGGACGAUCCUUAUGAAAGACUCUACUAACCGUGACUCUCUUGACAUGAUUGAACGGUGCAUAUGCCUGGUGUGCUUGGACAGCCCAAGCGGGGUGGAACUCAACGAUACCAACAUGGCAUUGCAACUGCUACAUGGAGGAGGCUACCAUAAAAACGGGGCCAAUCGUUGGUAUGACAAACCUAUGCAGUUUGUGGUAGGAAGAGAUGGAGUCUGCGGUACCGUGUGUGAACAUUCCCCUUUCGAUGGCAUCGUACUGGUGCAGUGCACUGAACACUUGCUCAAGCACAUGAAAGAAAGCUCCAAGAAAUUAGUCCGAGCCGAUUCAGUGAGCGAGCUUCCCGCUCCACGGAGACUGAGAUGGAAAUGUUCCCCUGAAAUUCAGGCACAUCUGGCAUCAUCAGCAGAAAAGCUCCAAAGGAUAGUAACAAAUCUGGAUUUUAUCGCCUACAAGUUUGAGAACUAUGGAAAGGAAUUUAUUAAGAAACAAAAGAUCAGUCCAGAUGCCUACAUUCAAGUAGCACUUCAGCUGGCAUUUUACAGAUGCCACAGGAGACUUGUCCCUACCUACGAAAGUGCUUCCAUACGCCGAUUUGAUGAGGGCAGAGUCGACAAUAUUAGGUCUGCUACCUCAGAAGCAUUUGCUUUUGUAAAAGCAAUGACUGAUGACAAGACAGCUCUAUCGGAUUCUGAGAAGAUGCAGAGAUUUAAGGAUGCAAUUGCAGCUCAGACUAAUUACACCCUUCUGGCUAUUACUGGGAUGGCAAUAGACAAUCAUCUGCUAGGGCUCAGAGAGGUGGCACGGGAACACUUCAAGGAACUGCCAGAGAUAUUUACGGAUGAGACAUAUUUGACAAGCAAUCGAUUCAUCCUCUCCACCAGCCAGGUUCCCACUACUAUGGAAAUGUUCUGCUGCUAUGGGCCUGUGGUGCCCAAUGGUUAUGGGGCAUGUUAUAACCCUCAGCCAGAGCAUAUAUUAUUCUGCAUCUCAAGCUUCAAAGACUGUAAAGAAACCUCCUCAGACAUGUUUGCAAAAGCUGUGGAAGAAAGUCUCCUAGAAAUGAGAGAUCUGUGCAACAAAUGCAACUCUACUACGGCAAAGGCACUGGCUAAACAAGAAGCAGCCACACAGCUGCAGAGUAACCGCAAACUCUAAGCAGCUGUGGGAAUUAUUCUCCUGACUCCACCUUACAAAGAAACAAUGACAUAGUUGCUCAAAGGCAAGAUAGUACUAGUAAUAUGUAGUAGUGUAGAACUAAAAUGACAUUUGUUUUACGUUGUUGCCAACAUUUAAAACCCUGUAAGUAUUAAGUCUACCACUUCUUGCUUGAGAGUCAGCAAAAAAAGUUUGCUUUCUCUGGCUGAAAUGAAGGAGGAAGUAAUACGGGUAUGUGUUGUACUACCAUUUCUAACCAUAAUUAACUUAUGCCAUUUUAUCACCUAAAAAAUUGCGUAAGUUAAAUACUAAGGCACACCAAUUAAUUAAUAUCCCCUGAAAGUAGUUCUAAAAUAUUCACAUCUAUUCCUGCAAGAUUUGCACGUAAAGGAAAAAAAAAGAAAAAAGAAAAUUUUCAUGUUGGGAAUACCGAGUGUAACAUUGUAAAUAAUAGGCUGAUGCCAUUGAAUCUUGAAAAUUUGCAUGAAGAGUAUUUACUACCAUCACACUAUUUCCUACAUUAGAAAAGCAGAUUAUUUUUAAGAGUGGCUGCUGUGUAUUUCCACAAAGAGAGUUUAGGAAGAUUACACUGGUGUUUGCAUGUUCCCCCAAUUCAAAAAUGCUGCAGGAAUAAUUUAGCUUUUAUUGUGGUUUGCACUGGCCUCAAGCAUGGUCCUACUCUGAAAGCAGUAUAUUGGUGAUAAGAUCCAUCACAGAGAUCACAUCCAACUGGGAUAAUUUUGUUCGUAAUUAAUUGGCUUAAUUAUUUCUUUCUGUCAGUGAGCAAAAUCCAGUCUGACAGAGAGGCAAAGCACAGAGAAUAAGUGCAAUUAAAUCCUACUUAAGACCUUUUUUGUUUGCACAGGAAUUUAGUCACUGUGAGUAGCAGGAAAGCGUAUGCAACCACACAAAAUCAAAGAGCAAUAAGUAACUAGAAUGAAGAGGCAAACUUGCAAUAUAAGGAAAUCUCCACAAUAGAGCUACAAAAACCAGUUUAAGAGUACUGGCACUCAUAUCAUCUUUGCAUCAUCCCACUUGGGAGGGAUUUAUAUUUUAUAUUAUUUAAUAGUAAAUGGAGGGUAUCAUAUUUGCAAUGUAUAGUAAAUUCAGUUGGGAAAACACUACAGUACCUGGUAAUUUCCAUAUUCAGUGAGUGUUAUUGAGGCUUUUCUCAUUAUAUCUUUAAUUCCCUACAAAUCCUUCCAAGGACUGAUGUUUUCAGUUACCUUCUCUCAAGCUGAAAUAUGUUGCCUUCGAGGUGUUCAGUCAUCAUUGUUAGAAUACAACUUACUCGCCGACUAAAGACACUUACCUUACUAACUCCAGUGCAGAUCGUAUGCUAGGCAAACUGGAGCACACUGGGAAGCCUGGCCAGCGACUGCUUACUUGCCUGUGGAGAAGUGAAGAUGUUUUUUCUUCCUCUGUACACUCACAGACUCACUUAAACAAUCACAUGUUUAAGUACUCUCAAGCCUAAAAGCAGAAUAGAUUUAUUACGAUAAACUAGAAGCGCAGAUUCAUUUCUGUCUAAGAAUCUAGAUACAGAUACAGUAGAUUAUAUAUCUCCAUGCUUAUUUUACUGCCUCUUUGGAGUUGCAUCCGUGCGAUUGAGCAGUCUGCUGGAUAAAGGCUAUCCACAGCCCCAUACAUGAAAGCACAGUGAGCCUGAUGAUCAAUUGGAUCAAGUCAGCUAUGUUGGCGUAAAUCAACUACGUUGAUUUACAGUGAUUGAGAGCUGGCCUCAUUUCUUUAAAGUUAAUGCGUUCAUUUAAAAAUACGUAUGUUUCAGUACUCCAUGAGCUGUGGUUCAAACCAAAGAUGAAAUCUAUUUUUAGAUUAUAUAAAUAAUAUUAUGGCAUAAAAGCUGCCCCAAAGUUUAAAAAAAAUAAUCAAGAAAACUGGUAGUGAAACCAAAUAUUCACUUAAUGUUCACUGUUCAAAGUAGGAUUUUAAAUUGUUCCUAUACUAUAAUUAUGAAAAUCACUUUGAAACAUUCCCAGUAAUUUUGCCUUGUUCUGUCUCUUGUAAGGCAUUCUGCAUUUUUUACACACAUUUUUAACACUACAAUCUCAAGAUGUUUUCAUAGAUUUGUAUGUUUAAAAUUAUAACCAUAUUUUAAGUGUAUAAAAAUGCUGCAAAUAUUUAUUUGAUUAUUUAUUAAUUUGCUUCUAUUGAAAUAUGUAAUUUUAUUUUGUAUUCCUAGUUCAAUAGGUACUGACAUUUAUUCACAAAUGUUACCUGUGUUUUCAUUUUACUUUCUCAUCUGGAAUUUUAACAGUACCUCAGACACUGUACUUGACAACACAGUCAAUGAGAAUUCGGGCAGAAACUAUAACUUAUACCAACUUAUCAUUAAGAGCCCCUUAGUCUACAGCUGCCCUAACAGGUGUUUUGGAUUCUCCAACACUGAAAAAUACUGGUGUUGGAAAGUAUUGACACCAUAUUUUUACUUGAGGAAGAAACCAGUGACCACCCAUACUUUCUAUUUAUUUAGCUAGCCAUUCCAUACUUGCAUCUUAGAUACUGACUGAUCUGGUUUUAGUGCUUAGUCCAAAUACCUGAAAUGAGCAACUUGAAUGAACUCAGUCCCUCCAGAAGAAGGCAUUUGCAUACGUACUUAACCUUAGCCAUUACCUAUGCUAGAAGUGGUAUCUGCAAAGUACCUGACUUCAUACUCACUUCAGGUGUGUUUAAUUGGAGGCUCCUGCUUAAAUUACAGAUGGAUAAAAUUCACAGCAAAGGGUGUUACAAACUUCAGUUUCCCAGCAGGAGAUUCAUGAGGGACUGUGCUUCUUCUCAGUUAACAGAAUCCUCUACACCUAUGUCAUAUGAUCCCACGCUGCAGCUGCAUCUAUUAAGGAUUUCAGGAAAUAGGUAGCUUUCUUAGGUACUUAUUUAAAAUUGUUUGUGUUAUACAAAUGAAGUUCUCUUCUGAAGUUUAAAAAUAGACAUGCACUUAUGGAAAUCAAAUGUGAAGCUUUCAAAAUGUUUCCAACCAGAAAACCAUGGAAUAGGUUGUUCAUUAUAAAAAGGGAGGGAAUCUUGACUGACAAAGUAAGUGUAAUUAUGUUAACGUAACAAGUGGCAAUGAUUUAAUAAGACCCCUUGGUGAGACCUGGGACAUACAAACCCCCUGCAAGAGAAUUUUAAGAAAGCAAUUGUUUCACUCUCUCCGUAGGUGUACACCCACAUACACGCAGUACUGGGAUACAGAAAUUAAAAAGCCAGUUAUUGUGAACAUCUAUAUUUGCAGUAAGCAAAAGCAAGAGACCCUGGACUGGCAGCCAGUGGUGGUUGAAAGGUGUGAGGGCCCGGCCCCCUCCGUGGGUGGUGUCAUUAGUCAGGCCACGGCCGGGGCAACACAGCCCGCCCGGUUUCUUCUGGUGUACCAGUUGCAGAAGACAUAGAACUAUUUUAGUGAUACUUUUAUUUUUAUAAAAUAGUAUAGAUUUAUGACAAAUGUAAAUGUGUAUUUAUAGCACCUUCUGUUCCUGUUUUGUGCUCUAUCAAAAGAUAUUUAUCUGCCUAUAUUGCUAUAUACAACCUGAAGUGUACGCUUAUUUAAAUUCACCUUAUUUAAAGACGGCGUCCCGCACAGCAAAUAAAAACUACCAGAGCAAA